CCUUUAACCUUUUGAAAUCUCAACGUGCCUGCCACCUAGCAGCUUUUUAUGAGCUAUAUAUGAGACUAUUCGUUGGCCACGAACUCCCAAUUCCAUUUUCUUUUGCGCAAGAAAAUACAUGGUACCGAUUGGCGGUGCUGAGUGCAGAGACCCGAAAAUGGCCGAAGAGCUUCAGAAUUCAAGCAACAGCAUUAGGGUCUGCGGCAUGCACUUCGCCUACGAAGGUCAGCCUCCUCUUUUUGCAGACUUCUACCUUAGCAUAAGCCCCGGCUCUCGAUGCCUUCUCGUUGGCGCGAACGGAUCUGGGAAGACCACUCUGUUGAAGAUUUUGGCUGGGAAGCAUAUGGUUGGUGGCAGAGAUGUUGUGCGGGUGCUGAAUUGUUCUGCUUUCCAUGACACACAACUGAUUUGCACUGGUGACUUAUCCUAUUUAGGAGGAUCUUGGAGUAAAACUGUUGGAUCUGCUGGAGAAAUUCCGCUGCAGGGAGAUUUCUCUGCUGAACAUAUGAUAUUUGGAGUUGAAGGGGCUGACCCUCUUAGAAGGGAGAAGUUGAUUGAACUUCUUGAUAUCGAUCUGCAGUGGCGAAUGCACAAGGUAUCUGAUGGGCAGCGUCGUCGAGUCCAGAUCUGCAUGGGUCUUCUUCAUCCUUUUAAGGUUCUUCUACUUGAUGAGGUUACUGUUGACCUGGAUGUCGUUGCCAGGCUGGAUUUACUGGAAUUCUUUAAGGAAGAAUGUGAACAGAGAGGAGCUACAAUUGUAUAUGCAACCCAUAUAUUUGAUGGGUUGGAGACAUGGGCAACCGACCUAGCUUACAUGCAAGAUGGCGAGUUGAGGAGGACUGAGAAGCUGUCUGAGCUUGUUGAAUUGAAGAAAUCGACCAACCUGCUUUCAGUGGUCGAGUCCUGGCUUCGUUCUGAGACUAAACUUGAUAAAAAGAAACCCGUCAAUGCCCCGACCCAACUCCAAAAGACCUCUCCAUUUGAUACUUCUCCCUUUAGGUCAUCAAGACACAUGGCAUACUACCGCUGACCUUUCUCAAAAUGGCUGUUGACGGUAAAAUCUGAAGUUGAAAGUAUACAAGAAAAUAGAAGAUCGAAGGGCUUUCAAGUCUCAACAUAUAAAUUUUCAGUGAUAUUGGCUUAAGUAGUUUAGGUGUUUAAAUGACCUGGUGAUUGCGGCUGGGCCUCAUUUGAGUGUUGAGGGAGUAGGGUGGGUUGGGGUAGGUUAAGGUUCGAGUCUAUUGAUGUGCUGCAUUGCACCAAAAGAAGAAUGAUGAAGUAUCUUAUUCUUUUUGUUUAUGGUUGCUUCUUCUAAAAAUAGGUGUAGCAAUUAUAUCCAGCUAUAUAUUGUGUGUACUUGGUGAUAUUUCCAAAGCCAAACUGAUAUGCCUUUGGCAAACAUUGCUAUAAUACUAAUGUUAUUUUUCACAAUA